CCGGGUCAUUGUUGAAAAGCUGUCCAUGAUGAAGACCUAGGUCAUGGAGACUUUCGGAUGCAUCCCUGAACACAGGACACAGGACACAGGCAUGAGUCCAGCACCUGUGACUCUGGCCAGUGCCCUGCAGGUCAGGGGUGGAGCUCUGUCAGAGGAAGAAAUCUGGUCUCUCUUGUCACUGGCUGCUGAGAGGCUCCUGGAAGACCUCCGUGAUGAUGCCUCAACUUAUGUGGUCUGCCCCUGGUCAACUUUGCUUUCUGUGACCGGAAGUAUUUCUUUCCACAACCGUAUUUCUCUCAUUGAGGCGGCUCCUUUCAAGGCUCCUGAACUGCUGCAUGGACAGAGUGAUGGUGAACAACCUGAUGCAUCACAGUGGCAUGUGUAUUCUUUAGGAAUGACCCUCUACUGGUCAGCAGAAUUUCGUGUUCCACCAAAACAGCCCCUGCAGCUCGGUGAGACCUUGCAUUCUCUUCUGCUGACCAUGUGUGAAGACCAACCUCGAAGGCGACUGCCAUUGCAGUCGGUUCUGGAAGCCUGUUGGGCUCAUCGGCAGGAAGUGGCUGGAUCCCCGGCCUCUGCCGGUCUCCAUGUCAGCCAGCUGGUCACUUUGGUUUUGGAUACCAUCUCUCAGGUGGAGAAGAGAGUUGUGGAAGAAAAGUCCUUUGUGCAGCAGGACAGAAGUUAUCUACUCAGAGCCAGGCUGCAUCAAGCAAGCUGUGAGAGGCCACCUGCAGUUUCAGAGAGAAACACAGAGACCCAGAGCUCCCUGAAGCCGGCUCCAAGUUUCUCCACACACAGUCACUGCGGUGUCUUUGUCAACAGUGCUCUUCCAGCUGAAGUUCCCCAGGACCUUGGGGAAAGCCAGGAAGGCCAGAAAGACCGGCAGUUCAGCUCAGAGUCCGAAUGUGCUCUCUCCAUGGCUGCAGAUAACUCCCUGCCUGCAAGUCCUUCUCAAAGAGAUUUCCUGCAAAGAAAGGGAAAGUUUUCCAGACCCGAGUUCCUCCUGCUGGCUAGAGAGGCCCCGGUGACUUUGCACCUGCCUGGAUCAAUUGUGACAAAAAAGGGAAAGUCAUAUUUGGCCCUCAAGGACAUCUGUGUGGUGCUGCUGAGUGGGCAGUGUUUGGAGGUGAAAUGUGACGGCACAUCCACAGUGGGAGCCAUCUUCAACGCCGUCACAGCCUUUGCCAAUCUUGUGGAACUCACCUACUUUGGCUUGGCCUACAUGAAAGACAAAGAGUUCUUCUUCUUAGACAAUGAGACCAGAUUGUGCAAAAUAGCCCCUGAGGACUGGAAUGAGCAGCCCCCCAAGAAGACCUGGAAUACCUUCACUCUCUUCCUGAGGAUAAAGUUCUUUGUCCAUGAUUGUGGGCUGAUCCAGCAGAGUCAGACCAGACAUCAGUUUUACCUGCAGCUGCGGAGAGACAUCCUGGAAGACAAGCUACACUGUGAGGAAGAGAUGUUGUUGCGGCUGGCAGCUCUCGCUUUGCAGGCUGAGUUUGGCAGUUACCCCACAGAGCAGGUAGAGAGUAAAGCCUAUUUUCGAGCUGAAGAUUAUAUCCCAGCCAGUCUGAUUGAGAGGAUGACCAUGAAUCGGGUGCAAGUCCAAGUGUCAGAGAUGCACCGUCUCAGUCCUGUGCUCUGGGGAGAAGACGCUGAGCUGGAGUUCUUGAGGGUCACUCAGCAGCUCCCUGAAUAUGGAGUGCUGAUUCACCGAGUUCUCCCAGACAAGGCGAGGCCUGAAGGGGUGAAGAUGGCCUUGGGAAUCUGUGCCGAGGGUGUCAUAGUCUAUGAAGAGAAAAACGAUAGCAGAAUUGCAACUAUACGGUUUCCGUGGAGAGAAAUCGGGAAGAUUUCGACUUACCGGAAGAAGUUUACCAUCACAAGCAGCAUCACUGGGAUAAAGCACAUAUUUGUCACUGAUUCAGCCAAGACCUGCAAAUAUUUACUGGGUCUCUGCUCUGCUCAGCACCGAUUUAAUGCUCAGAUGAGAUCUCAGGGAAUUGCAACUGUGCUAUUUAGCUGCUAUAAAUGUGUGCAAAUGGUCAAUCCAAGUCUUGCACAACUGACUCCAUCCAAGCCUCUCACUUGGAUUCAGAAAUUAUCGUGUACAGGAAGCAUACUGUUCAAACCCAGACUGGAGGAUUCUGCAGGAAGUCUGCCAUGCAAGUUACUGGACGCAAGCAAUGUGGAAACGACCAAGGAGGUGAGGACAGGAGGAAUGGGAGGCAGCACCUGCACUGGCCAGGAGCAGCCACAGAGCAUCUGUUUGAUCCAGAAGCUAACACCUAUCAACCCUGAUUCUGGACCAUCUGUUCAGAGCACAUGCACAGAUGCUUUGAUUCCACCUCUAGGGUCGCAAAGUGAAAGGAGAAAGAGCUUUUCCGCUGUGUCUGAUGCAGACAUCAUGCAUGUGACUCUGAGCCGGGACCCGUGUCACGGUUUUGGUUUCGUCAUUAAUGAUGGAGACGACGCAGGAAAGUUGCGCCCUGGCCUCUUUAUAUCCUGUAUCAUACCUGGGGGACCAGCCGACAAAACAAAAAAGCUCAAACCAGGAGGGCAGAUACUAGCCUUGAAUCACAUCAGUCUGGAGGGCUUCACAUUCAACAUGGCUGUUAAAAUGAUUCAGAAUGCUCCAGACAAGAUAGAAUUACUCAUUUCUCAGCCCAAAGACAGCCUGAGCAAUGGAUACCAGGGAAGAUUUUCACCGCACAAGCAAGAACAGGUGCGAAGUAAUAGAGAGCAAGAAGGGACUGGACUUCAGAGCUUUAUGCCCACGCUGAGACCCCAGCUUUCCUUCCUGCAGUUAAAGGGUGCUGGUUCCUGUCCUCUAGCAUUUCCAGAGGUCAAUGCCAAUGAAAUCUACUUUGUGGAACUGGCUAAAGAAGAUGGGACUCUUGGCUUCAGUGUAACUGGUGGCAUCAACACGAGUGUCCCCUAUGGUGGUAUCUAUGUGAAAUCCAUCGUUCCUGGAGGGCCAGCGGCCAAGGAAGGACAGAUCCUGUGGGGUGACCGGCUCUUGCAGGUGGACGGCGUGAGUCUGGGUGGCCUCACCCACAAGCAGGCUGUGCAGUGCCUUAAGGGGACUGGGCAGGUGGCAAGGCUGGUCUUAGAGAGAAGAGGCCCCAGAACUGCACAGCAGUGUCCUUCGGCUAAUGACAAGAUGGGAGAUGAAGGCACUGCAGUUUCCCUGGCAACAGCCUUGCCUGACAGGCCCCCACACUGCAUCUCAGCGACAGAUGGUCCUAAGUUUGAAGUGAAACUAAAAAAGAAUGCCUGUGGUUUGGGAUUCAGCUUCGUGCAGAUGGAGGGAGAGAGCUGUGGCCAUCUCAAGAACUACCUUGUGAGAAUUAAGAGGCUCUUUCCGGGGCAGCCGGCAGAGGAGAAUGGGGCCAUCGCAGCUGGGGACAUCAUCCUGGCUGUGAACGGAAGGCCCACAGAAGGCCUUGUCUUCCAGGAGGUGCUCCAUUUACUGCGAGGGGCCUCACAGGAAGUCACGCUGCUCCUUUGCCGCCCCCCUCCAGGUGUCCUGCCUGAGAUGGAUCCGGGAUGGCAGACACCCGUGUUCUCAGCAAACCAAGAAUUCUUCAGAGCAGCAUGCACCGACUCAGAACAUAGCCCCAGCCUGGAUCAAGAGGACUUGCAGAGGGACAGUGUCUCCCCAGAUGCAGAGGAGGGCCUGGGUCUCAGUUCAGAGUCUUUCCAAAGGGCCACCAGAGAGGCACAAUGUGAACAAGACCUAAGAAGUCCCUGGGCUGCCUCUCUCAUGCAUUUUCAGGAUCCCCACCCUCAUUUAUGCAAGCGUCAGCAAGAAAUGGAUACAUUAGCACGGACUACCUCUUUGGAGAAGGACAUAAGGCAAAACUGCUAUUCAGCUUGUGAUGUCAGGAGAAUUGAGAGAUUUUCCUACUCAUCCCCUCUAACCAGACUUCCAAGAGAUAUUCUCUGAGCACCUUCUCUGCAUGUUGAAACCUGUAAUAGACUGUUUCUGCGUAGACUGCUCUUUCUCAUCACCAAGCAGGAGGCCAACUCAGCUCCGGGAGUUAUUCUUUGACCAUUGUGUCUGCAGCUUCUCAGUCAGACAAUGAGCUUCACCUUUUGUCUGCUUCCUGCAUUGCCUGUGGCGUAAAUGUCAUUCUUUCUGGCUGCUUCUCCAAAUAGAUACUUUUUCAAUGACCAGGAAAGGAUGGAUUUGAAGGUCACCAGCCUGAGUCAUCUCAAUUUCCUUCUUUGGGUCCUGUCUGAUUCCUUUGUUCCAUAACAAAUCAUAACUGCAGUAGAAAUAAUAAGCACUUUCCUUUUACUACUUAUCCUGUGCCAGGAGCCAAAGAUGGCUAUUUCAGAAUUAUAAAAUUUAAGCAGCUGAACAAUCUGUUUCUUGACCUUCCCAUUUGCCAGAUGAGAAAACUGAGGCUACAGAGAAGUUAAUAAACCUGCCUGGGUUUUGAUCAUCUCUGCUUGUCAGGUGUAGUUGGUGUUAGUACUGCUUUGAAUGCAAGUCCCUCCUGGUCUCCUGGACUUGGGAAAUAGUAUGUGCUGCCUUUAUCACAGCAUUGACUACCGGCAGUGUGUUAUCUAUUCACUGUUCAAUCUUCUAACUAAAUCUGGAUAUCUUGGGGCAGCAGAGAGAGCUCCCUUGACUGGAGCACAUGCGUUGCAUGCAGGAAACUGGGUUCAGUCUUUGACAAUGCUUGGUCCCCUGAACACUACCGAGCAUGGCUGAGUGUGGCCCCCACAUCUCCUGGCAAAAAACCAAAACAUUAAAAUAAACAACCUAGAAAAAUCGAGCCUAGAAUAGCACCUGUGCCUUCAUAGUCCCUUCUAUGCCUUCUAUGCCUUCAAGGCAGCCAAUGUCUGGAACAUCUGAAAGGCUGGUCCUCCUGAGACUGGACUUGGUGAGUAUCCUCAAGGGCACAGCAAGGUGAGGAAGGAAUUUAUCAUCAAUAUGAAAGACGCACAGUUUUCUGUUUUCUAGUCUUGAACUGCACCAGGAAGAUGAGGAAGGUUAUAUGUGUCAUCCCUCUGAAGGCCCCGUUUCCACUGUGAUGGAUGAAAUGUACCUUACCAUCUACUCUGCAUCAGAAGGUCAGCUGCCCUGUGGCGAAUGUUUGGAGGCAG